UACGUGUACAAAACACUCGCGCAAUUCCUAUGCGAGACAGUGGGAGAGCUUAUUUUCCUUCCGUUUGUUCACCCGCCAGAGACAAGCAAAUGGCGUAUUCCAGAUGCAAUAUUUUUGUACAGUUGUUUUUGUUAUGAUGCAGUGAAUAUAUAAUGUGCUGUUAACGUGAUAAAUAGUAUUGGACAAUGGCCGGAGCGAUUCACGAGUUACUUUCCUCCGUUAUGGGGGUAUUCGUUGAAAGUGUCGUGUCAGAGUUGAGCAAAUAUCUCUCGGACUUUGCGACUGUGAUAUCCGAGCAGUCUAAGAGGCAAAAGGCAAAUGCUGCAAACAAAAACAAAAUAAAACAGGCGAAUCAAGCCAAAACUAAGGAGUUUGCUGAAUUCAUGGAGAUGUUGAGUAAAGCAGCAGUAGAGACCAUGAUAAAGGUGAUUUACGAUCGCAUCAACUGUCAAGUACUGGAAGCAACAGCAAAGUUACAACUCUCAAAACAAGACAAACCAAAUGACGGUCAAGCAGCCACAUCUGAACUCGAGAACAGCCUCUCACUGGAGCCUGAGAAGAACACCGGUGAUGAAGAAGAAUCAGAACAUCAUGCCAAUAUUCAAUACCAACAGAUCUCAUCUGCACAGGCAGAGACUUUGACAGCCAAUGCAAGUUUGAGUGAUAGUCAACCUUCUACAAGCACAAAUGGGAGUGCAGAGGAGAGACGUGAACCUUUAAUUUGUGACUCCUGUGGAUUGACUUUCAGUGAUGUGGCCUUGUUGAACAUUCACAAUAUGCUACACAAAGAUAGACCUUUUAGUUGUCUGACAUGUGGGAAUACUUUCAAAAUGAUGAAAUGCUUGAUGAAACAUCAGAAAUUUCACGAAACUCAGAAUUUAAGUAUUGAGUUUGAAACUUCUCUGCAUGAAGAAGAAUUCAUUGUGCAGCUGGAAACCUGCGAUGCUGGAGAUCCAUCCCUGGCCACGCUCGAAGUGACAACUCAAGGUAUUCUCCAGAAUAACUCUGACAAUGAAGAGGAGUCUUGUGCGGACUUAAUAACCAUAACCACUCAAGAUGCAAAUGAAUUUCUUUUGCAAGGCUUAAAUGUUACCAUGCAGAACACCGAUAUUGGCGAUUCGACCCUAAAUGUAAUAAAGCCAUCAAAUGAUGGGUUGUUCCGAUGUAAAACCUGCGGGAAAACUUUCGAUCUGAGGUGGAAGUACAUUAACCACGUUCGGGCUCACGUAAAACAUUACAAAUGUUCCCACUGCGAUAAGCGUUUUACAAUGAGGAGCUGCCUGAUCAGACAUGCGGCGAUGCACACGGGAGCUCAGCUUUUCAAAUGUGAUAUAUGUUCCAAGUCUUUUGUAUUUCAGGCCACCCUAGAGAAACACAAGCGCCUUCACACAGCAGAAAAGACUGUUACAUGCCCAAACUGUCAAAAGACUUUUCCCGGCAAGCGUUCGUUCGGUAGACACAGGUGCAAGGCUGUCGAAAAACUCUACAACUGCCCUAUAUGUGACAAGCAGUUCAAGAUCAAACAGAACAUGCUCGAUCACCAAACCCUUCAUACUGGAGAGAAGCCCUACUGUUGUGAGAUAUGCGGUGCAUUUUAUAGCUGCGAGAGAUAUUUGAAAAAUCACCAGAAGAGCCACAUUGAGAAAACGUAUGAAUACCUGUGCGAGGUCUGCAACAAGAGGUUCAGCGCUCGCAAACAUUUGCAGGCGCAUAUGCUCGUGCAUACGAGGGAAAAGCGAUACGCGUGUGACGUAUGCGACAAGAAGUUUGCCACCUCUGGAAAUCUGAACAGACACAGAGCCGGUCACACUGGAGUGAAGCUGUACGGUUGUCCUAUAUGUUUGAACAGGUACACCACAGCGUACGCUCUAAAGAUGCACAUGCACAAGCACACUUCAAGCAAACCGUUUCUUUGUGACGUCUGCGGUAAGGGAUUUACCAGUUCAGACUACAUGAAAAGGCACAAGCGAAUUAUUCACGCAGGAAGGAGAGAGUGUGUGUGUUCAAUAUGUAAUAAGGCUUUCAUUUUCCCGAGUUCCCUAAAUCAACACAUGCUCGUACAUACAGGAGAGAAGCACAAUGAUCGACUGGUCAGUCCGCUGCUCAAGAAGUUCAGUUGUGAGCAUUGUCAAAAAAAGUUUUAUUCACAGGCUGCCCUAACAGUUCACCAAAGGGUCCACACUAAAGAAAAGCCUUACAGUUGUGAGGUGUGUGGAAAGCGGUUUGGGUAUGCAAGCAGCAUACAGAUGCACAUGAGAAUCCAUACGGGAGAGAGACCUUUCGGUUGCGAUGUAUGCGGUAAGACGUUCAAUCAGGCUGUACAUUUGAGGACCCAUCAGAGAGUUCACACCGGUCUGAAAUCAUUCAGUUGUGAGACUUGUGGAAAGACGUUUGUAGAUCAAAGGAAUCUUAAGCAACAUAAGUGUAAAUACACCAUGUAGUGAGACCAAAGUUUUACACUUAGGGCUAUUUGAAAUAAUUUGUGUAAUGCGUAGCAUUAUUAUACAUGAUCUGCAGAGGGCUAUGUGGAAGUAAUGAAUGAAAUAAGUGUUUGCACACUUAUGCAUUUGAACUAAGCUGUAAAUAGAUAUAUUUUCCCUAAAAUUUAGAGCUUUUGUGUGAAGGUAAUAAAAACAUCACAAAGAA